ACAAUAGAAAUUAUUAGUAACAAAAGCAGAAAUUAGACGCCGUGCAUAUAUGCAAUUGUGUUCAAUUCUUAUUAACAAGAACGAUGUCGUCUAAAAACUGGAACUUUGCCCUGCUGAUUUUAUCAUUUCUACCACUCUUCUUUCAUCGUGACGCUUGGGCAGAUUAUAAUUGGGUCGUGAAAGAAGCUACAUAUACAAGGCUGUGCAGCACUAAAAACAUAUUGACUGUAAAUGGAAAAUUUCCCGGACCAGUUUUACAAGCUUAUAGAGGAGAUACAAUCUAUGUCAAUGUUCAUAACGGAGGCAGAUACAAUAUCACCAUUCACUGGCAUGGAGUAAGCCAACCAAGGAAUCCAUGGUCUGAUGGUCCGGAAUACAUCACACAAUGUCCUAUUCAACCUGGGGGAAGUUUCAAACAAAAGAUCAUAUUUUCUACAGAAGAAGGUACCAUUUGGUGGCACGCUCACAGUGAUUGGUCACGUGCGACAGUUCAUGGAGCAAUCUAUGUCUAUCCAAAGCCAGGAACUAGCUACCCUUUUCCCAAGCCCCAUGAUGAAGUUCCCAUAAUAUUAGGUGAGUGGUGGAAGCAAGAUGUAAUGGAGGUACUUACUGAAUUUGUUAGAACCGGAGACACUCCAAUUACCUCUGACGCAUACACCAUAAAUGGUCAACCUGGAGACCUCUAUCCUUGCUCAAAAUCAGAUACAUUCAAACUCUCUGUGGACCAAAACAAGACCUACUUGCUCCGAAUAAUCCACGCAGGAAUGAACGAGAUCAUGUUCCUGGCGGUGGCAAACCAUAAACUCACGGUGGUCGCGACAGACGCAAGCUACACGAAGCCAAUCGAAAGGGACUACAUCGCAAUAGCUCCUGGCCAAUCCAUGGAUGCCUUGUUGGUCACGAACCAACAACCUGGUCGCUAUUACAUGGCUGCUAGGGCAUACCAGAGUAACUCUAUGAUUCCUUUCGACAACACCACCACCACAGCAAUAGUUGAGUACAAUAAUGGAAAUCAUAAUGAGAAUGAUACUCCAUUAUUUCCUUACCUUCCUCCCUUUAAUGACACAGAAAGAGCCUUUGGCUUUUUCACUAGCCUUAGGAGCCUACCCGUUGAGUUCAAACAGCAAGUCCCGAAAACUAUCACAACUCGAAUAAUUUCAACAGUUUCACUCAACACAUUCCCUUGCCAGGGAAAUCAAACCUGUCAAGGACCCAACGGGACCCGAUUAGCUGCCAGUAUGAACAACAUAAGCUUUGUGGGGCCAGAUACAGUAGACAUAUUAGAAGCUUACUACUACUAUAUCAAUGGGGUCUUCAACAAGGGUUUUCCAGAUUCUCCGCCGUACGUGUUUAAUUUCACUGCUCAGGACCUGCCUCUGAUUUUGCAAAUACCAAAGAGGGGGACGAAGGUGAAGAUUUUGGAAUAUGGGACGGAUGUGGAAGUUGUGUAUCAAAAUACAAACUUAGUGGCUGGGCUAGAUCAUCCUAUGCAUCUACAUGGGUAUGAUUUCCACAUAGUUGGAAAUGGCUUUGGAAAUUUUGAUGAAGAAAAGGACCCAUUGAACUACAAUCUUGUUGAUCCCCCUCUUAGGAACACUGUCAAUGUCCCCAUAGGUGGUUGGGCUGCAAUGAGAUUCAAGGCCACAAAUCCUGGAGUAUGGUUUUUGCACUGCCAUUUGGAGCGUCACCUAACAUGGGGAAUGGAAACGGUUUUUAUUGUGAAGAAUGGGAAAUACAAGAAGGAAAGGUUGCCGCCUCCUCCACCGGAUAUGCCUCCGUGUUAAGAAUCUGGCUGAAAUUAGUGUCACUAUUGCCGUAUCUAUGCAUAUUUACAUAUAUCUAAAAACUCAUAGUAUCUAAUGUAUAUGGAAAAUAAACGAUAAAGAUCAUGGUGUUGCACGUGUGGUAUAUUAAAUUA